AUGCUUGAAGGAAUAGACGAAUUUUGUGGUGAACAGUAUUGGAAUCCUGCGAUAUGGGACGAACCGAAAAUUCCGAUUCUCAGUCGAUGCUACCAGCAUACUACACUCAUAUGGUUUCCAACUGUAACACUCUUCCUGAUCGCACCAUUUCUGACUGCUCAAAUUUUCUUUCUCCGGCUGAAUCCUAUUCAAUGGACGAAACGACUUCAAGCGAAAGUCGUACUUUCAUGUAUUCUGAUCGCCGACUCACUUGCAAUGCUUGCUGCCCCCAUUUAUGAGACACUGUUCGAACGAGUUCCUGCUGCAGUAGAAUUCGUUUUCCCGAUCACUCUGUUCCUGGCAAUGGUUAAUUCCGUUUUUCAGAUUGUUCUAACUGCGCUGAUUAUAUCGUUCCGCAACUAUGGAAUAUUGACCUCCGGAGGACUCUUCAUGUGCUGGCUCGUUUUCACAAUUUCCGCUGUCCCUGAGCUUUUGUAUUGGAUUCAACAAGUAUUUUCUCGAACGGAUGAGUGGGAUCUGCUAGAUUAUCCGAGAUGCGUCGCAUUUUUGAUAUGGUUUUUCUGUUGUACCGCGGAAACUUAUCUUCACUGUUUCACUGACAUUUCUCCAGACGGCUACAAAGAACUGAAUGCUCCUCGAAACCCGAGUCCUGAAAAGACAUCUUCCUUUUUGAAUCGAAUCACAAUGUGGUGGUUCGGUGCUUUGUGUCGUCUUGGCGUCCGAAAACCGCUGGAAAUAUCUGACCUCUAUUCGCUUAACGAUGACGAUACAUCUGGAUUGUUGGUUCCCAAAUGGCUGAAUUUAUGGAACUCACUGCAUGAACUGUUUUCAGAAAUCGCUCAAAAUGAUGGGUAUGCAUCUGAAGAAAAACGUCCACUACUCCACGAUUCUCCGGGUCAUUGCGAGCCGAUUCCUUCCAACCAAUCUCAAUACCAGAUUCCUUCGAUUAUCUGGACACUAUUUCUAAUGUUCAAAUGGGAUGUGUGCAUUGCCAUGUUCGUCAAAUUCAUCUCCGACAUCCUUCUCUUCUGUAACCCACUGUUAUUGAAGUCAUUAAUUCGAUUCACUGAGCAAUUGGAUCGUCCGAUGUGGCAAGGAGUGGCUCUGGCAUUCACAAUGUUUUUCUCCGCUGAGCUCUCUUCGAUUCUACUCUCUCACUACUACUAUCUGAUGUUUAGAGUUGGGACUAGAGUUCAAACUUGUCUCACUGCAGCAGUAUAUCGAAAGACAUUGCGCUUAUCAAAUGCAGCUCGUCGUGAGAAGACAGUCGGAGAGAUUGUGAAUCUCAUGGCCAUUGAUGUGGAUCGUUUCCAACAAAUCACACCACAAAUCAUGCAAUACUGGUCGAACCCCCUCCAGAUCGGAUUGGCUCUUUUCUUCUUAUUCCAGCAGCUCGGAGUGUCUGUAUUCAGCGGUGUCGCUGUUAUGGUUCUCCUCUUUCCAAUCAAUUUCGGAAUUACGAUGGUUAUUCGGAAAUGGCAAAUCGCACAGAUGCAGUACAAGGAUGAGCGUACCAAGAUGGUCAACGAAGUGCUCAAUGGGAUAAAAGUGAUUAAGCUGUACGCAUGGGAGCCACCCAUGGAGAACGUUAUCGGAGAUUUGAGAGAGAAGGAAUUGAGCUUCAUCAAGAAGGCAGCGUUCUUACGAACAUUCUCCGAUAUGCUCAAUUGUGCAUCCCCAUUCCUCGUCGCAGUUUCGACUUUUGCCACGUUCAUCUACAUCGAUCCGAAGAAUGUGUUGACUCCGGAAAUUGCGUUCGUAUCUCUGACACUUUUCAAUCAACUUCGCUCUCCAAUGUCACAAGUUGCUGAACUGAUCACACAGACUGUUCAGGUUAUUGUUUCCAACAAAAGACUGAAGGAAUUUUUGAAGUCGGAAGAAUUGAACACACAAGCCAUUGACCACAGAGCCCGUGAUAAUGAUGACGUCAUCGAUAUCAAAAACGCAACUCUGUCUUGGGAAUCCGCAGAAAAUGAUCCAGUUCCUAGUCUACACAAUAUCAGUUAUUCUGUAAAUCGAGGACAGUUGGUCACUAUCGUUGGACGUGUUGGUGCUGGAAAGAGUUCCAUGUUGCAAGCAUUGAUGGGUGAAAUGGAGAAGCUCAGUGGUUCGAUUUCAGUGCACGGAAGAUUUUGCUACGUGCCACAACAACCAUGGAUUCAGAAUAACAGCGUCCGCAACAACAUCACAUUCGGAAAACAGUACAAUGAAUACUUCUAUUUCCGUGUGCUGGAUGCCUGUGCUUUGCAAGUUGAUCUUCUCGCUCUUCCACAUGGGGACAACACUGAAAUUGGAGAAAAAGGAAUAAAUUUAUCUGGAGGCCAAAAAGCUCGCAUAUCCUUGGCUCGUUCUGUCUAUCAGAAUCAUGAAAUUUAUCUGCUGGAUGAUCCUAUGAGCGCCGUUGAUGCUCAUGUCGGAAGCCAAAUGUUCAAUUCGGUGAUUGGUCCAGAAGGAUUGCUGCGUAACAAGACACGAAUUUUAGUGACUAACGAACUGUCUUACCUUGAGCAGUCAGAUUUGAUAAUUGUGAUGAACAAUGGUAGAAUAGAGUAUGAAGGAAAGUAUCGUGAUUUGAUGAAACAAGGAGCUUUCGAACAAUUGCUCGUGGAGUGUGCAAAGGAAGAAAGAGAGAGGCGUGCAACUGAAAGAUCGCAAGACGGUGAUGACGACAAUGCUUCGGAACCAAGAGGCGUGAAUAUCGACGAAGAUUCUGACAUUGAAUACGACGAUGACGUAAUGGGAUCUCCAAUUCUCGAUCAUGUUUUGGGUGUCAGCCAUCUAUCAACCGUGUCAGGAAUUAUCAAUCGCCGCAAAAUGAGCACUUCCUUCCCAAGACAAAACCGUCGGCAUCUAUCUACAAAGUCUCGUACUCAAUCUGUUACAUCAGCUACGGUAAACACUCGGCAACUGACUGGAACUGAAAGAGUGGAAACAGGAAGAGUCAAGAUGAGCACGUACUAUAAAUACUUUGGAGCAAUGGGUUUCCCGAUCGCUGUCACUUUUGUGCUUGGAAUGACAAUCAGCACUAUAAUUUCAAUGGGAAGAAGUUUGUGGCUCACCGACUGGUCAAAUGAUAAUUCUCGUUCGAGAGAUGAUUUGACUGGUAAAACUACUGAAGUUCGUCUCGGAGUUUAUGCUGGUCUCGGAUUCUCCGAAAUUAUCCUGUUGUUCAUUGGUAUGCUUUCCCUUCUCUACGGUGGUGUUUCUGCGUCAAGAAACCUCCAUGCUCCUCUGAUGCGCAACUUGUUCCGUGUUCCAAUGUCAUUUUUCGAUACCACUCCAUUUGGUAGAAUUUUGAAUCGUAUAGGAAAAGACAUCGAGACAGUCGACGUUCUCCUUCCUUUCAAUGUUCAAUUCUUCGCCCAGUGUUUGCUCCAAGUUGUUUCAACGCUCAUCAUCAUCAUGAUUUCGACUCCUGUAUUUGGAAUCGUCGUCAUCCCCCUCUCAUUGAUGUAUCUGAUGGUCAUGCGGUACUACAUUGCCACUUCUCGACAGCUGAAGCGUUUGGAAUCCAUCACAAGAUCUCCUAUCUACAGUCACUUGUCCGAAUCGAUUCAUGGAUCUGCUACCAUCCGUGCGUACGAGCUCACUGAUCGUUUCUGCAAGUUGUCCGAAGAGAAGGUGGAUUCACAUGUUCAAUGCCGAUAUCUGAACUACGUGGCAAAUCGAUGGUUGUCAGUGCGUCUGGAAUUCAUUGGAAACUGCAUUGUGCUCUUCUCAGCGCUAUUCGCUGCUCUUACACGUUCAACAACAACUUCUGGAGUGAUUGGACUUUCGGUUUCGUAUGCUUUGAAUAUCACGACCGUGCUGAAUUUUGCAGUGCGCCAGAUUACAAAGCUGGAAACAAACAUCGUUUCGGUGGAGCGCGUAAUGGAGUAUGCUGAAACUGAAACCGAAGCCGAGUGGAAAUCCGAGCCAGGAAUGGAGCCACCAGAACACUGGCCAUCGGAGGGAAAAAUCGUCAUCAACAAUUUCUCAGCUCGCUAUCGGGAUGGUCUUGAUUUGGUCAUCAAACAGCUGAAUGUAAAGAUCAAUCCACAUGAGAAAAUCGGAAUCGUCGGUCGUACUGGAGCUGGAAAGUCUUCAGUGACCCUUUCACUGUUCCGAAUCAUUGAAGCUGCAGAAGGUCUGAUCACUCUGGAUGGAAUUAACUUGGCAGACAUUGGACUUCAAGACUUGAGAACUAAUCUGACGAUUAUCCCACAAGAUCCAGUUUUGUUCUCGGGAACUUUGCGCUUCAAUUUGGAUCCAUUUGAUCAUUAUUCGGAUGAUGAAAUCUGGAAUAGUCUUGAACAAGCUAAUCUUCGAGAUUUUGUUAUUGCACAGGAGGAAAAACUUGAUUACGUGAUUACGGAAGGAGGUGAUAACAUCAGUGUGGGACAACGUCAACUGGUUUGCCUUGCUCGUGCACUUCUUCGUAAAACCAGAGUGCUCAUCCUAGAUGAAGCCACUGCUGCUGUUGAUGUUUCCACGGAUGCUCUACUUCAAAAAGCGAUCCGUAAAGAGUUUGCAAACUCCACUGUGCUUACGAUUGCUCAUCGUCUCAACACCAUAAUGGAUUAUGACAGAAUCAUUGUUCUGAACAAAGGCCAAGUUGCGGAGUUUGAUAGUCCUAAAAAUCUUCUGGCCGAUUCAACGUCAGAAUUCUAUUCCAUGGCAAGACAAGCAGGUCUCAUCUAA